UAUGCAUUCAAAAUUGGAUUCUAGACCUUAUUGGUGUAUUUCUAGGCAAAGAUCUUGGGGUUUACCAAUUCCAGUUUUCUACGAAAAGGAAACGAAUCAACCGUUUAUUUCUAAGGAUUCUGUACAACAUUUAAGGGAACUUGUCAAAAAGUAUGGUUCUGAUUGUUGGUGGUCUAUGGAUAUUGAAGAAUUAUUACCGAAAAGCAUACGGGAGAAGGGUGGCUUUAGAAGUGAUACUGAAUUCGUUAAAGGUUCUGAUAUAUUAGAUAUUUGGUUCGAUUCGGGUUCCUCUUGGUAUACAGUCUUACCAGAAAAUAUCAAACAAGCUGAUGUCUAUUUAGAGGGAAUAGAUCAAUUUGGUGGAUGGUUCCAAUCUUCGCUUAUUACAAGCGUAGCUCAGAGAGAUAUAGCUCCGUACAAAAAAAUUAUAGCGCACGGUUUUGUCGUUGAUGAAGAUGGUAAAAAAAUGUCAAAAUCACUUGGAAAUGUCAUUGAUCCUGCAAACGUUGUUGAAGGUGCAAACGAUAGUGAUCUUGGUUAUGGAGCCGACGUGCUCAGAUGGUGGGUUGCUUUAUCACAUGAAGAGUCAAAAGUGUUGAUUGGGAAAUCGUUAUUAAAGAAAUAUUAUGAACAAAUUUUUAAGGUUAGGAAAACUCUCAGGUAUUUACUGGGAAAUCUGGCAGAUUUUGAGUUGGAUAAGAGGAUUGAAGUUCACGAAAUGUUACCCCAGGAUAGAUAUAUGAUGCAUCUGUUAUCGGAAUUUAUAGAAACUUGUCGCGCAUUCUAUGACGCUCACGAAUACAAAAAGGUUGUACUAAGUCUGGAAAGGUUUAUCAACGGCCCGGCUUCAGCCUUUUAUUGUAGAAUCACAAAAGAUAGGAUUUAUUGUUCGUCACCCGAAUCCAAAGAUAGAAGAUCCGCUCAAACUGUUCAGUUUCAUAUUGCGGAUGAAGUAUUAAAGAUACUAGCUCCAGUGUUGCCAUUCCUAACCGAAGAGGUUAGUCUAUACCAUCCUUUCGAUAAGCUUGGAUCAAUUUUUAAGCGAACGUGGACUGAUAUUAGUGUGAUACAAUCAUGGAAAGAUGACAGAUUGGCGGAAAAAAUUCAACAUUUAUUACAUAUUAGAGACUCUUUUAACUCGUUUAUAGCAUCAGAAGAUCCGGUAGAAUUCGAUCUCAUACUCUUUGCUCAAGGCCAUCUAUUUUCAACUUUAAAGUCUUUACAGUCUUAUGAGCUACACAGUGCUACAUCUCCGAUAUGUGAGAUUUUACAGCCAUCAAACAUUUCCUUACUAUCCAAACCUCCCGUUGUUAUACCCGAUGAAGCUCACGUUGUCGAGGGAGUUUGUAAAAAUAAGGAAAAUGGUAAGGUUUUCGAAGAUAGAUAUUUAUUAUUAAUUGUGCCAGCUGAGGGAAGUUUAUGUGAACGUUGCCGGAAGUAUACGUCCGUUAAACAGACAGAAUUGUGUUUACGUUGUUCAACAGCAUUAACAGAUGGUUGGGAAUAA